AUGGUAAGGUAGGGUAGGAUUGGGUAGAAUAGGGCUAAGCAUAGACAUAUAAAGGAUAAUGUAAUGUAAGACUAAAAAUAGACAUAUAUCAUUGAUAACGUUUUUUGUUUUAUAUAUGUUAAUUAUAAUUCUUGAUAAUAUAAAUUUAAAUUUUAGAACUACUUUCCCGAGCCAGUCCACCUGAUUUUUCUUCUGAAACCGGAAGGCGUGCUACAACGUGCUCUGGAGGUUGGCUAUAGGAACUUUACUGAAAACGGACAAUUUAACGUAAGUUUUUAGAAUUUUUAUUUCUAAAAUAAAAAAAAAUUUUAAAUUUCUAAAAAAUUUUUAACCGAAGUGCUGGUUAUCUUUCGGGUUUCAAACCUUUAUUGUUAGUUUAUGCCAUUUUCUGUUAUCACACCUUAAGGCUGAUUAGCCAAUGAACCAAAUAAAGUUUCGCAAAAUCUUCCUUCUCAAGGCCGUGCCAUUUUUUGCGUCGAAUUUUAACUAAUUUUGGGAUGCGCGCCAAAAAAGUUAAUAGUAACUUAAGGGCAUUUUGGGUUUAACAGCGGCGGUUUUGCUGAUUAAACAUUGUUUGACAGUUUGUUUUUGAAAUUUAUUUUGGAGGAAUUUCAAGCACAUUUUAAAAAUGGCAAUAAUUUUUUUUACAAGUAAUUUCAUGAUAGCAAAACUUUCUUUACAAAAAAAAUCAUUUCAUUAGCAAAAGCUUUGUUUACAAAAAAAUUUUUUUAAUAACGAGAAUUUUCUUUACAAAAAAAAUAAUUUUAUUAGCAAAAACUUUGUUUACAAAAAAAUUUUUUUAAUAACAAGAACUUUCUUUACAAAAAAAACAUUCUAUUAGCAAAAACUUCCUUUACAAAAAUCAUUUUAAUAGCAAAAAUUUUCUUUACAACAAAUAUUUUCUAGACCCAAAAAGUAUUAAAAACAAGUUGUUAUUACCUCAAAAACGUCUCUUAAUUGUUAUUGUUUUUUUGUUGAAAACGUGUCAAGUAAUUGAUAGUUAUAAGCUUGUUCCUCUUUCCAACGUAAUUGUCCUCAUUUCGUCUUCUCACAACUUAUGACAACUUAUUUUUUUCGUUUUUUGAGGACAAUAAAUCAAAAUGGCCAAAAGUUUGACAAAAUUGUUAGUUUGGGUUGGUUUAUGUUAUCAUUGUGUGAUUAGGUUUUAAGUUUUUACAAUUUUGUUUUUUGUAAAGAAAGUUUUGGAGUUUUGAGUCUUUGACCAAAUUAUUUUAGAUUUUUAAUAAUAUUUAAUUUACUUUGAACUGUUAUUCAUAAUUUAUUUUUGAAAAACUUAUUCUUUGUCAUUUUUGAUGUUUUAAAGACGAAAUUACAUUAAAAUUUAACAGAGCAACUGAUGGUCUUCUUAUUAACAUCUUGUUUUGAUAAGAACAACACCGAUAAUCAGAUACAGUUGCUGUUAUUGAUAGAAUAACACUAAAAAGACUUCUUGAACCUUGCUUUUUGAUCAAAGUUGUGAAAAAUAAUGGUUUUGUUGAUCGGAAAAUGUAAAUUUGGGUUUAAAAUACGAUAGAUUCUUUGCUUUAUGCUUUUUUGAUAAAUAUUUUCAUGUUUUACAAUAUUUUUGAAAGUUUAUAAUACAUACUUAUUUAAAAUGGAAGUUGAAACGGUAUGAUAUUUACUAAUGACAAUAUUUUUUUAAAAAAAUUAUGCAAAAAUGUAGUUUUAGCUUUUGACCUUAAGAUUGUCAUAUUUUAGGUAGUACCUUGUCAAAGCACAUCAGAAUUGCGCGACUAUUUGGCUCCAGAUUGUCUUACGAUGGACGUCGGAGGGGUUCUCAAAUAUAACCAUCUCGAAUGGGUACAACAUCGAAUGGUACGUUUUUUUUGUUUCUAUUACCUAAAUUAUAACUUUGUUACCUGAAUUAUAAAUUUGUUACCUAAAUUAUAAAAUUGUUACCUAAAUUCUAAUUUUGUAGUUAAGUUCUUAAAAUUGAAAUUUAGGUAACAAAUUAUUUUUUCUGGAGAUUCUUUCCUUUUGUUGUUAUAAAAAGACGUACUAGCUUCAUAAUGAAAAUGAAAAAUUAUAUUUUAUAUUACUUUAGGACAUUGAACGAAUGAAAAGUUCAGCGGCCGUAAUCGCCGAAAGUCUGAGCGAAUUCGGCCGAUGUUUGCGUGAAACCGAACUGCCAAACGAUGUAGAAUCAACACAGCGGAUUCUAGAAGCUCAAACUUCCGAACGAGAUGCAAUAAAAGAGGAUUUUCGGAUUUCCAUCAGAAAAGGUCUUCAACUUUUGCGACAAGUACGACAACUAGAGCAAAAACCCGAGGCCGAGCAGCUGAGCCCGACUAGAUUGCACAACGUGACUGCUAUCGAACGUAUGUUGAUCCAACUGGAGGAUACGGAAAAGUCAUUCGACGCGUUUUGGUCGAAACAUCAACAAAAACUUGAGAAUUGUUUGAAGUUGAGGAGGUUCGAAGAAGGAUUCAGGAAGGUGGGUUAAUAUCUUUUAUAAUAAAACUUUAUUUUUUAUAAAGGUUUGUUAUUGUAUUCCAAACAUAAUUAUAGUACGGUAUCUGUCUAGACGCAUGUUUGUUGGUACGAUAUGUACACUUAUACCAUGGAUCACGGUUUUUUUGUUUUCUUAUUAAACUUUCGCAAAAGACCCAUUUAAGGGGUGGCUGCGGGAUUAGACACGUCUCUGUUGCGGUGAUUGUUUUUGGAUGAUUCAAAUAGUCAAAAUAUCUAAAUAGUAAGAUGAUGAGCAAGAUGGGAAACGAUUGCCAUGAUAAUAGACAUUUUCAUUUGUUUCUUAGUUUUAAAACUUAACUUUGAUUUUUUUCGUAUAUUAACGUAGGGAAAAGAAACUUUAAAUUGGCUGAAAUUUUUAAAGUUUAAAAAUUUACUUGAGAAACGAACUUUUAUUACUAUUGCCGACAUAAAGAAUCCGCCAUUUUUUACAGGAAAUUACACUAAAAAUAUGGCGGGUUCUUUAUGUCGGCACCUAAUAAAAAAAUUUAAAUUACUGUUUACGCUAUAAACCAUGGUAUUUAUAGUUUGGGCAUAAACAAAAUAGUUAAAAUUACUGAUUUUGAGAAGUUCGUUUACGGUUACGGUUAAUAGGGCAGUAAAUAUAGUAAAAUUGUGAAUUUUAUGUCUAGUAAAAUACGCUCAGCUAUAUAGUCUAAUAUAAUGUAAGUAAAGUUUCUACUCAUAUAAUGUAAGUGAAAUCUCUACUGUAAUAAGACCGCAUUUCUAUUGUUAUACGACAUCUUUCGAGUUUAGCUAACAUCCUGAAGCACAACAAACAUUCCGCCGCUUCUUGUAAGGUUUAUCGGAAACACUUUUGGGGCGGGAAAUCCACUCAAAUUAAUAGAGUAGGUAUAAAGUAGCCUUCUUCAGGUAUCUUCUCUUUCUUUUUUUGGCGCAAAUUAAUACCUAAAUUAAGUUCAUUUUCGGAGGAAAACACUGCUACGAGGUGAGGGCGAUAAAAGUAAAAAAUGGCGGUUUUUAAUUAUUAUUGCUACUUUUAGGGGGGGGGGUUGGUUAUGUAUUCCGGUUUAAAAUUUACAUUUGAAUUUGAAAAGCAUUUGUAUGUGUUGUUCGAUAAAAUUUUAAAAGAAAUAUUUAUUCUAAAGCAGUAUUAGGUGCCGACAUAAAGAACCCGCCAUCUUUUACGGGAAAUUACAGGCAAAGUAUGGCGGGUUCUUCAUGUCGGCGCCUAAUAUCUACGCAAUUUGAAAACUUGAUUACUAUGAUAUGUAUAGGAAUAAAUUGAAAAUAAUAUUCGAAACGAUAAAUUUUUAUAUUCCUUCGGGACUAGAACGUCGCCGUGUUUUGAAUUUAUAAUUCGCAGGUGUCUGACUUUGAAACCUGAAUAUUAUACAUUUACUGGCUUUGCUUUUUGAUUCUUAACAUUUUUGUAAGAGGUGGGAAUGUGAAGGAUUUCUAAAAAAAUAAUAGUGUAGGCUUAUGUUAUGUUAAAAUUUUAGACACAGCACAACAUUUGAGAUUUAGCAGAACAUUUUAAGCUUAGUAUGUGGCUUAGCACACAGUUCUAGGUUUAAACACAGCUACCGGCUUAGGAAAGUGUAGUUAAGGUAGUAACAGAUAUACUAUUACGUCGUUCAUUUAAUUCUGCGCCUUUUUCAAACAAAUUUCUUUCGUUAUGGGGGGCAGAAUUAAGUGAACGACCUAAUAGUAUGUCAGGCGAGACUAAAGUAAUGUAGAGGGCAACAAUGUAACUUUUUUCGUGUUAUAUAUUUAUCGAAUGUUUGAACGAUAAUUCAAUAAGCUCUCAACGAAACGCGGGCGUUUUUCAAACAGAGUGUUUUCUGGUUCAGUAGCUGCACAUGAACAAUAUGAUCUUGUUCGCUAACUUAUUCUUGGGUUUAAGACUGGAAUAUACAAGUAUUUGGCCGAUUUCUUUGUCUGAAAUUAUUGUUUUUUGUUGAUUAAGUUGUGUUUGAAUAGGGGAUUAUGUUGUUCGCGGGCAGGUGAAUAUACACAAACUUGAGGCACGAGUGGUUUAGUACUAUUUUAAUAUUUUAAAAGGUUGUUUUGUUGUUUCAGGAGGUUUAGAAACAUUUUUGAGGCUUAAAAACAUUUUUGAGGCUAAAAACAAUCAAUUUACGUAUAUUCAGUUUUGUUAAUUUUAUCAGUAUAAAUGGCUUUAAAAGCUUGAUAUAUACUUAUAUGCACAUCUACUACAACAUUAUUAAAUUUCUUUCAAGAUUUCGCAUUUAAACUCACACAAUGAAAGCCUACUUCAAUUCAGACCAUUUCCGAGUUGAGAAUGGCCGUUGGGCAGUUGUAUUGCAAUAAGAGUAUUCGAAUAAAUAUUUCUUUUUAAAAACACAUAAAAGCAGUUUUUUGCAGCUUAAGGUGCUUGAAACUGGUUAAAAGGUCUUUAUGGUGUUUAAUAAUGUUGUAAGGGUCUGGGAAUGGGCCAAAACGUGCUAGAGUAAAUGCUUUAACGAUGGUUUAGGCAGAUGGAGUAGUUAGUACAAUUCUUACUUUACUUUAUCUGAGUCUUAAUCUAUCUUGGUAUUAGAUUUAUGAUAAUUUGGUUCUACCCUACCCUUUCCUAUCCUACCCUACCCUACCUUACCCUAUUCUUUUUUAACAUAUUGUGCCUUAACCAUACUUCUAUCUUUUUUAACCCAACUUCAUCUAAAGCGACCAUUAGCUGUUAUUAGUCAUCGUCAACUAUAAUAUUUAUGGAAAAUUAUUCAGCACUCUUUCACUCGCAUUUUACCAUUCGCUCUUUGUCUAUUUCACAUGAGCAUGAUCGCAGUGUUCUUUUAUUUUGGGUUUGUUUAUAACCCUUGACCCUAUAAUUCUCGGAAGUGCCGCAUUUUUGUGUUUAUUCAAAUGCUAAAGGUUUUUUUGGUUUCUUUAAAGGUCACGUGAAAUUUAAAAGAAGGGGGGGGGGGUGAAAAAAGAUUUUUUUGGGAAAUUUUAGGCCAUUUUUGGGGAGCUUGAAACACGACUAUCUUUUGACGCAGUGUGGUGAAAAGAGGGGGGCUUUUUUGAAAUUUUUUUGCAAAAUCAUGCUUAAUUUUAGGUUAAGGGACAAAUCUUCGGACGCGUAGGGUGAAGAGGGUGAUGCUUUUUUAAAGUGUUUUGCAGAAUAAUACAUUUUCAAAGUAAUUCUUAAUAUUAUGUUAAUAACAUGUGUGAAAGCAUGUCAGUGCAGGUUGAGUUGACUCUGUUCCAAUAUGAUUAUUUGAUUUGUUUAUCAAUUUUUGUCGCUCUUCUCAACUUUAUCGAAUAACUUUUUGUUUCAUGGUUUUGAAUUUAAUCAUAUCCAAUAUAAAUGACUUUUAAAAUUUUAAAAUUUUGGUUUUUGAAUAUUAAUUGUAAAUUUGUUUUAAAAUUUUAACUAAAUUUCAAAAUUUUUCAGCUUCAAUCCUCCUUCGCGAAACACAUGAUCUACCUGGAAGAGCAUCGGGACGUCGGGGACGGUGUGGUGCGAGCGAAACAGUUGGCCGACGAGCACGACGAAUACGCGGAGAACGCCAUGUCGGACGUUCAGGCGGCGCGCAACCUUCACCAACACGGUGAAGCGCUAAUGUCGGUGGGGACGGACGGUCAGCUGUCUGAUAGUUUGGCGCCCAAAUGUGAUGAAUUAAGUCGAAUGGCGGACGCAUUGACUUCCGCGUUGGACCGGCGAGCUCAAGUGUUGCGGUUGAGUGUGAAUAUGCAUCGACAGAUCAGCGAGGUAAGGGGAGUUUGAAAAUGAUAAGGUGGAGAUUUUAAGAAUUUUUUUUUAAUUGAAAAUUAAAAUUUUGGUGGGUUUGAAAUUUUUUUAAAUCUAAUAUUUAAGUUUUUGGUAGCAAAAUGCAAAAAAUAAAGUCCAUGGCAAUAUACCACUGCAUGAUUAUAUAAAGCUUGCGUGCCAUGCUGUCGUAAUCCCACACAUUCACAUUUAUCUUUAUUUGCGUUUUUCGGAUUAUCCUCGCGCAUCCAUUUUCAUCUAUAUUGGCACAAACGGAACAUGUUCAUUUGCGGUCUUGUUUAAGUUGGCGAGUUUGGGCUAGACAAAAGGACUUUAAAAUUUAAGAAAAUUAGCUUAAAAUCAUGUGUAACUUGCGGGGUAAAAAGAUUUUUAGGUUAGGGUUAGUAUGGUAAGAUAGGGUAGUGUAGGGCAGGGUAAAAAACUAUUCUUGAACUUUUUUAUAAAUUGUACCCAAAAGUAGCGGGACACUUUUUAGUUAAAAAGUAAAUGAAAAGUGUCCCACUACUUUUGAUUCAACCUAAUAUGUUGUUUGCCAAAUUAGCAUACCAGUGAUUUAUGAAGCGAACAAUUGGGGUUGCGGUUUUCGGAAGGUAAUUUGUUAAUCGGGUGGGUGCAAUUAGGCUUGGAUGGACAAAGAAAUGGAAAUGUUUUGUUUUAUUGCAUUUAAUUUUAAAUUUUGUUUAAAUUUUUCAUUUGGUAUUUUGUUUUUGGGUUGAUAUCGAGAACUAAUAGUGCCGAGAUAUUGUUUUAUUUAUGAUUUGUUAGUCAUCUUAGUAUUUUUUAUACAAAAAUUGCUAAAGUUUUCAAAAGCUGUAUCAUAAUAUAACGUCAAUUUUAUAGCGCUUUAGGGACUUUUCUUACUUUUUUAACAAAAUUUUAACAAUGUUUUCCCAGCUGACCGAUUAUAAAUAAUAGCUCAGAUUCUCUACACUAAAUUUAUGCUUGUUUAUUUGCAUUGUGUGCCAGAGGACAAAUCCGAGGUUGAAAUUAGGAAUCUUCAAGGAACGGGUUAUAAAUCAUUUGUGGUAAAACAGAUGGACAGGCCUCUUAUUUUAAUGAAGGGUGGUACAUCAUGGUGUAUUUGGGGUGGGGGGGGGUUUAAUUUUAGGUAUAAAAUAAUUUUUUUUAAAGGUGUUUUUUGUUUGAAAGGAUAAUUAAAAAUUGUUUUUGUUCAAAUUGAGCAUUUAUUAAAGGGUUUUGCGUUAAAAGCAAAAAUUUUUGUACUUAGUGCCAAAACACUGCAUAUGGCUAUAGUUCUCGGCGAUUUGUGGUUAUAAACUGAGCAGCGGCCUUUAAUUCUGCCAUUUCUUUGUUUACAUUUGUCCAUUUUUAGUUACGGAUAUGUUUCCAAACUAAGGAACAGCAGGCGAAUUUUCAUAUUUUUAAAAAAAAUUUUAUUUUUAUUAAUUGAAAUUAAUUUUUUUUAAUAUUAAAGACCGCGAAACAAUAUUUUUGUUACAAAAAGUAUCAUAAGCCUAAAAUUGUUUAUUUUGGAACAUUCGAAAAAAGUAAAAACUGACCACUGAUAAGGAACACGUCGAUCACUUUACGACUGUCCAUUCAGUCGACCUUUAUUUACGACACCAAAUAGCUACUUUUAUCAGUUGCUUGGUUGUUAGAUACGAUUUUUUGCUUGUUUCCGGUCAUUUUUGAAAUUUUAAAUUUAAGUUUUUAAAAAUUAAAUUUUUUUCUCGAAAUUUUAGGAUUUUUUAAACUAUUUUGAAAUUUUUUUUAAUUUUAAAAAUGAUUGAUGAUAUUAAAACCCCUCAAAGUUUAAAAAUGUGUUUGAAACCGGGAAAAUGUCAGAAAAUAAGCGUGAACUUGAUUUAUUGCUUAAAGGUGGGCCAAAACUAACUAUUUGUUUCUCAAAGCUUUAGCAUGACCUUGGUUUAUUUAAAGUUUUAUUGGUUAUAUAAAUACUUAAAAUAGAAAUUUUUUAAUUUUAGGCGACGUCCUGGUGCAGAAAAGGCGUAGAUAUCUUGUCAAACAUACCAUUGGAACUGAAUAACACAGCAGCUUUACAAUCUGUCAAAGGUUUGGACGAGUUUUUGGCCGAAGGAGCGACUCUACAGGUAAGAAUUUAUUUUGUGUGAAGUAGUAUGGUAACAAGCAACGAAGGGAGUGGGGUUGGGGUGGUAAACAUGAAAAGAGGCCGGACACAGUAGGCUUUAACGUUCAUCUUGGGGGUAGAGAAAAUAAAAUUUUUUAUGCUUAAUUUGUAACUAUAAUAUAAUCAUUUCAAAAAUUCAGUUGGACGCAUUUAACCAAAUGCCACCAAACAUGACCAAUCUCAUUCUCCUCACCACUACCGAGACCUCAAGUUUGUUGGCCCAUGUGUCCGAGCGCAUCGAGGACAUUAAAAAGCUGGGGUUUUCACGACGCGACGCCUUACAAAAGAUAGCCGAACGGGAAAGUAACAAAAAGCCGAUCCAAGUGGUUAGUCCGGAAAAGACCAACAAAGUUAGACAUCCACAGCAGCCCAACAGCAACAAGGUUGGUUUAAAAUUUUAUUUUUUUUAAUUUUGGAAGUUUGAAAUUUUAAUUUUUGAAAUUUUUUUUAAAUUUUGAAAUUUUCGAAAUUUUUAAAAUUUUCAAAAAAUUAUUUUUAUAUUUACAAACAAAAAGUAUUGAUCAAUGCACACCACGUAACUUUACGAAAUUUCGUAUUCAAAAAAGUCGAAAAAGAUACAAAAAAUCGGAUUAAAAUCGAUCACCCACUCUGGUGAACGAUGUCACUUUGCCGCGGCGGAAAGCUACGCGCUUUAUUCGAAUAUUUUUUUUUGUUUCCCCAACAAAGAAACGCAAAUAUUUUUGUUGGAGAGUAAUUUUAUUCAGAAUUUCGCCCCGUCUUUUCUCACCUGGAAGUUAUUUAAUGCUUGA